UGGCUCGAUAUCGCUGGCUAGUUACUGGUUUGAAAUUGAGUUAAAACUUAAUUAUUUCUAUUAGGGCAUGCCGCCUAUAUACUCGAGAACCAUCGUGAACAGACAAGAGCGUUAAGAGAAGCAAAGAAAACUCGGGAUCAUACUGGUAAUGAUUGCACAUGUGUGUGCGAACGUACGCAUAAUGCUGAGGUUGAUCAUCGUGGUGAAUUAGUUGAUUCCAUUUGUUAUGAUCCAGUUUCAGUGGAUGAUGGAUAUGUUGCAACUGGCGUGCGAUUUAAAAGACAUCGCAACAUAAUUUACCUUGAACUUCAACAAGGUUUACUAGCAGGAGGACAAAUUGAUCCUAACACUUUAAUGUGGAAAAUUUCUGAGAAUUGUAAUUCAGCAAAGAAGGUUGUUCAAGAGUGGAGAAGUAAUAACACUCACGUUGGUCUAGAAAUCAUGUUAGUAGAUAUGACAUUACCAGAGAAUACAGUCGUAACAGGUGUUACAUUUGGUAAAUCAUUGCGCGGACGUUAUCUUAAUGAUGAUUACGAGCUCGAUGAUAAUGUAGAUGAAAUUGUUAAGGAUAUUCAAUGUCCUAAUAAUAGUAAUGUAACGAGUCCCAAAAACUGGGGGACGUGGGCUAAAAUGUAUGGAGCUGUAUCUGAUAUACUCCUCGGACCUAAAAGAGACCGGGACAUGAGGGCCGCCUUAAGCCGUGUCCCUGACUUAGUGAAAAAUUGUGGAAGUUCUUUGUUACCUACGUCUUUGAUAGGAACGAAUACCGAACUCAGUAAAUCAUGCGAAAAUAAAAUCAGAUUUUGUGCAUCUGAUGAGGGUACUACUGGUUUUUUUCAACAUACUGUUCCGUAUAUCGAUUUACAAGAAAUCGUUACCGAUCAAAACGCACCUGAACCUCUUCGCGGAAUUGGUUGGUAUUAUCGCGGUCAUCCUGGCUAUGGAGGAUACUUGGCUCUUAAGAUUUUUAAAUAAUUGUAAUUUUCGGCAAAAAAAAAAUAUGUCUCCACUUAAAAACAGUAAAAUAAAUAAAUUUGA